AUGGCUCUCAUCUCCCUCCUCUCUCUCAAUGACGACGUCCUUUUCGAAAUCUUCUCCCUGCUGAGCGGCAGAGAGGCACUUGCAGUCGCCUCCACAUCCAAACGGGCCUAUCGAUUCGCCAUCUACCGCGUAUUCGCCAGCGUGGAGUGGACCCGCGAGAGCAAUGAAAACGACGGAUCCUCUGAAGCCGACGCAUUUUGGGCCUACAUGCGCGCGCCUGAGCCGGUUUCUCAGAUUCCCCGUGUCCGACAUCUCCGGCACCUCGUCCUGGGAGAGUUUGCACUGGACGAUAUACCUUCUCUAUGUGCAAUCCUUUUCCAAGCCCCCAACCUGCGCACCAUCGACCUCUGCCUCCUCGAGCACCACCUCGAUGAUUUCAUUCCGGCGUUGGGCGCGUUGCACCUCCUCGAGAAGGCUUGCCUGUCGUGCAUUGACCCCAGGACGAUUCCCGCCCUGCCGGCCAUGUUCUCAUCCUCGAAGCUAUCCUCCUUAACACUCAACUUCGGCGAAUACUAUUGGGGCCUGCCGAAGGACGAUGUUGAUCUCACUGCCCUUGUAUCUUUCCUCGCCUCCAUGCCGAACAUACAGACUCUGUCGAUCGAUAUCGACAACGUGCUCGCAGUGCUACCCAACACCUGCAGACCGCCCAAAUCGAGUCGCCUCAGCCUUCCCUCGGUCCGCCACCUCUCCCUCUUGUGCGAGCCACAGGUGCUCGAGAGCAUCGUGCCACUGUGCCCGAAUCUGGUCACACUUUCACUUUUUCUGUAUUGCGAGGAUGAUCGUCCCGUGACAUUUUCCAUAGCCGCGGACGACCGGCGACCCGUCGUGCUAAAGGAGCUCAAGUUAUCCCACGUCAAAAUCGCAGAAGACACCUUGCGACGCAUGGGACACGUCCACUCACUGGUGGUGGGAGGCUUGGGACGGUCAUUAUCCAGCUCAGAAUUCCACGACCUCCCCCCGCUUCUGGAAGCGGUCCAGCCCUUCGCUCUCCACCUGCUCACACCCGAGCCUGCUCUAACUGAACCGGAGCGCACAUGGAGGCCCUUGGUCGACGCGGCGCGCCAGCUCCGCUCCCUGGAAGUCACCGUCAAAGGGCACGCCAGCCCCGCCAACGUGCACGACUACCUGGACCCGCUCCUCGCCGCGCUGCAGUCCUCGUCGCUCGUCCACCUCACCCUGGACUUCCCGCCCGCGUUCCAAGCGUGGCGCACAGCGGCAAGUAUGGCCGCAGUCGACGGCCUGCGCGAGGCCGAGGUCCGCCGCGUCGACGCGCUGCUUGCGCUCCCGCCGGCGCUCGCGCGCGCGGUCCCGUCGCUCCGCCUCCUCGCGCUCCACUCCUGCCGCCCCGAGACGACCGGCUUCGACAACGCGCGCGAACGCGGGGAGAGGAUGGGCACGCGGGACUUUCCCCCAGAGCUCGCGGCGGAGCUCGCGUGGGAGGACGACGUCGAGCGGCUGUGGGGGCCGACGAGCGUGUGCGUCCGCCCGGCGCUGCGGCGCCUCAACGAGCUCCGGAAGGAGGUCCCGCGCGACGAGCGGUGGUGGUGGAUCGAGGGCGAGGGCGCGACGCGGACGCCGGUGGAGAUCUGGCGGGAGGACGGCGAGCGGGGACGUGAGAUCGUCCGACGAGCGGAUUUUAACAAGAGCAUCGACGCCGACGCUCAGUGGAGCGAAGUAUCUGCACACGUUCCGUAA